UUGCCUUUGUUUCAAUAUUGAUCCACAAUUGCUCAGGUGAGAAAAACAAGUGUAUAAUCUAACGAGGGUUGUCCAUGUGUGAAAAUAAGGCUCAUACAAGUAGAGAUCCAGUUUCCUGGGAGUUAGACAAAAUAAAGUGAAAAACAACAAUGGGAAAAACCCAGAGUGUCCUUGAGAAGAAAGGAUACACUAUCCAGAAGGAGAUAGAGAAUGGUGUCAUUGCUACUAACAAAGAUGGUGACCCGUUUGUUAUUAAAGAAAUCAAACUUGAGACCACUGAUGCUGAAAAGAUAUUCUCUGAGAUAGGACCUUUAUUGGAAAUAAAUCACCCUCAUAUUGCAAGUUAUAAGAACUCUUUUCAAGAUGGUAAUAGUUACUAUGUAGUUAUGGACCAUUGUGAGGGUGGAGAUCUGUCACAGAAGAUAAGAGACAGGAUGGAGACUGGGACCCCUUUCUCAGAAGAACAGAUCAUGGACUGGCUUGUUGAGAUCUGUAUGGCCAUUAAGUGUGUCCAUGACAAGGGCCUUCUUCACAGAGACCUGAGACCACAGAAUAUCUUCCUCACUCAAUUUGGGACAAUUUGUUUGGGAAAUUUUGGAAGACUCACUGAAAUCAGUGGUAAAGGAUCUUCAAAGAAUGCAGCAUAUUUAGGUCCAGAAACUCUAAAUAGUGAAAUAUAUAACACCAAAAGUGAUAUAUGGUCCCUGGGGUGUGUGCUGUAUGAGCUGUGCAUGCUUCAGUCUGCAUUCACUGCAGAGAACAGAAAGAAGAAAAUAUUAGGGGGUCCUUACCCAUCUCUCCCAGAGAGUUUCUCACCUGAGCUCCGUGAUCUGCUAUGUGACAUCUUCCAAAAGGACCCAUCCAUUAGGCCUUCAGCUGGAGAAAUCCUGGCAAAACCCUUCAUUAUUAGUUUCCUCACAAAAAAGAGUGAGAAAACUGUGAAGGGACUCCAGAAAAAUUUGGACAAGCUGAGAGAUUUGGCAGACGGCUUGGAGCGUGUGCACCAGGGCACCACCAUAGGCAGUCUGACAGGAGGUGUUAUUGGGGCCGCUGGAGGAAUCACCUCCAUAGUGGGACUCAUCCUAGCUCCCUUCACUCUGGGCGCCUCCCUGAUCGUCACUGGGGUCGGUGUUGGGGUGGCUGUCGCUGGUGGAGCCACAGCCGGAGUAUCCAACAUAACCAACAUGGUCAAUCAGUCUACAGACCGAAAAGCCAUCAAGAACAUCAUCAAGGAGUUCCAGGAGAAGAUGAACUCUGUGGUGGUUUCUCUAACAGACAUCGCUGAGGGUUUAGAGAUGCUAAGUGGGAGUGGCUCCUUUGACGCAGAAAGUGACAACUUCCUGCCAAGGGCUGGAGCACGAGUUGGGAGGGGCCUCGGCGCCAUUCCAGAACUUGUCCGAUUGGUCCAAGUGGCCAGCAUCGGGAGGGUUGCAGCCCAAGCUGCCAGGGUAGUGCGUGUGGCAGAAGUCGCAACAGGAGUAUUCAGUGCUUUUUUUGCCUUGGAUGCCAAAGAGAUCCACAACAUCCGACAGGCAAAGGCAAUCGAGCAGUCUGUUAAUACCAGUCGUUUAGAAGUGAUGGACACUGACUCGACCACAGGGCUGAACCCUGAAGGUGAAGAACCUGUUCCUGAACCCAAGCCUGAGGUCAAAUCAGAGACCAUGAAGUUCAUCCAGACGAUCAAACAGACAGCUGAUCAGCUACAGGAGAGCCUGAACGAACUGAGUGACGUCAUUUCAUUUAUUCCAAAGAUAGACGACUAG